AUGAAGAUGGCAAUGUCUGUGAUCCAAGCGUGCCGCAGCCUGGCGCUCUCAACAUGGCUGCUGUCCUUUUGUUUCGUGCAUCUGCUGUGCCUGGACUUCACCGUGGCCGAGAAGGAGGAGUGGUACACGGCCUUCGUCAACAUCACCUACGCCGACCCGGCAGCCGGCAGCGCCGAGCUCCGCAGCGAGAAGAGCGAGUGCGGGCGCUACGGCGAGCAGUCGCCCAAGCAGGACGCCCGCGGGCAGGUGGCCCUCUCCGCCUCGCCCGCCGACCGCUACGCCUGCGACCCCGGCACCCGCUUCAACGCCCCGGCGCCGGGCAAGAGCUGGGUGGCCCUGAUCCCGCGGGGAAACUGCACCUACAAGGACAAGAUCCGCCACGCCGCCGCCCAGAACGCCUCCGCCGUCGUCAUCUAUAACGUGGGCUCCAGCAACGCCAACGAGACCAUCACCAUGCCCCACGCAGGCUUAGAAGAUGUUGUAGCAAUAAUGAUUCCUGAACCCAAAGGAAAAGAGAUAGUGAGCCUCCUGGAGAGGAACAUUACUGUGAUGAUGUACAUAACCAUCGGGACACGCAACCUGCAGAAGUACGUCAGCCGGACCUCGGUGGUGUUCGUCUCCAUCUCCUUCAUUGUGCUGAUGAUCAUCUCCUUGGCGUGGCUGGUCUUCUACUACAUCCAGAGAUUCCGCUACGCAAAUGCCAGAGACAGAAAUCAGCGCCGGCUUGGAGAUGCUGCGAAGAAAGCAAUCAGCAAGCUGCAAGUCAGGACGAUCAGGAAAGGUGACAAGGAGACUGAGCCAGACUUUGAUAACUGUGCUGUUUGUAUCGAAGGCUACAAGCCCAAUGAUGUUGUCAGGAUAUUGCCUUGCAGGCAUCUUUUCCACAAGUCCUGUGUAGACCCCUGGCUGCUAGACCAUCGUACCUGCCCGAUGUGUAAAAUGAAUAUUCUAAAAGCUCUAGGGAUUCCGCCAAAUGCAGAUUGCAUGGAUGAUAUACCUCCAGACCUGGAAGCAUCCACAGGAGGAGCACCCACCAACCAGAUCACAGGAGCCAGUGACAUCACUGUGAACGAAAGCUCCGUGGCCCUGGAUCCCCCAGCCCGGACCCUGGGAGUGCUGCAAGUCAUCCAAGACGUGGACUCCUUUCCCCAGGCUGGCGAGGGUAACUUCACAACGAGCAAUGAGCAGGAGCCAGCAGUCAGCAGUGAUUCAGAUAUUUCGUUGAUUAUGGCAAUGGAGGUUGGACUCUCCGACGUGGAGCUUUCCACUGAUCAAGACUGCGAAGAGGUGAAAUCUUGAAAAACAGAGAUCCAACACUAAACUCCAGGGGAGUGUCACAGGUAGGGACCGAGUCGGCUUUCUAGGAUUUGGACCAGUCACGCAUAUGCCUCCAGAGCACUGUCACUCCUGCACACUCCAUACUGAGAUGGUCGUGAAAAGCAAAGCAAUAGCAACUGUUUGUGUCUGCCUGGAUGCGGUUUCAUCAUCUACACACCUUCACCUGGGAAAUGGACACUUCCAGUUUACCCACGUGCUUGAGAGCAGUCACGGAACUCUCCACGCGGCUGAAAUGACAGCUUGAGUGUUUUUUACACCUGUUCAAUCCAAUUUUUGUUGUGGUUUUUUUUUUUUUUUUUUUUUUUUUUUGGGAAGGCCUACGUUUAUUUUGUUUGUUUGUUUGUUUAUAGUUUGUUAUGGAUGGACACUCUGUUUUUAUUGACUGACCCCAGCUUUUUUCAAGAGUUCAGUCCAGAAAUCUGAAUUCCCGUUCGUUGGUCACUUCAUGAUCUGACCAGGAUUUAUCAUUGCCUUGUUAUUUCUGCAUGAAUUACGUGUGGCUGGCUUCAGAAGGUUGAUGCACCAGCACCCUGCAUUAAUGUAACUCCUGCCUUCAUUAAGUGGCAGGCUUGGAAAUGGUAUAUUCUGAAGGCUUUUAUUUGUAAGAGAGCUCUGAGUUAGCAGAAAUUUGGGUUAAAACGACAUUAGUAUGUCUCUUACUUAGAGCUCUGUUCUAGACAAAUAUUGUACAGUGUGAAGAAGAGAAAGAAGAGCUUAAAGAGUCACUCCAUCCAUGUAGUCCUGCCCUGAAUUUUAUGCUAUUCACAGGUGUCAUUACAUUAGUGUCCUUCCUCCAAGUGACAAUUCAGUAGCUGGAAAAAAAGAUCUAGCAUAACAUCACUUCUUAAUUUUACAGACCAAAACCAGAUCAGUGGGCUAAAGGAGCAUCUGAGAGGUUUCCAGAGGGUGCUUAUUAACAGUUCUGCAUUAAGCAGGCGACAGUGUUCUUACAAAGGGUCUGGAGAUGCUGCUGUCAGUGUCAGAAAUUGCUAAGGGAGCAAGAAGCAGCUGUUUGAAAUGUUUAAUUCCUGGUUUGCUUUGGGUCUUUUCCCUCAGUGUGUUCCAUUUCUUACAUUUUGACAGCAGUUUUUGUCUGCUUGCUGUCUAACAAGAGUUCAGGUGGUUUGUUGCCCUCCAGAGUCCCUGUCAACACUGUCAGAAGCAUAACAGAAUAUUUGCAAUUUGUAUACAGAUAUGUACACCAAAAUAUAUUGGAGAGGGAAUUUGGAGAGGGAAUUUGAAAAUAAAAGAACUAGUAUAAAUCAGAACACCUAAAUAAUAAUGACCUGACAUAAUAAUUUAUUUCAUCCUGAGCUCUGCUUUCCAGGUAAGAGCUCAUUGUUAAUUGUUCAGUGUGUGAUACGGUUUUUCAGUCAAAAUACUCAGCUGUCAAGAAGCUUACUGUUACACAGGAAUACACAGUUUCUGUUGAGAGUCAGAUGAUUUGAAUCACAUUACUGCCUCCAGAAUCAACAAUUCAUGUUACAUCGAAAUUUCAUGCAGAGGUCAAACAUUUUGACUUGGCAGCGUCGUGGUGGCAUCUCAAAAUGCAACUCUUGGGCCUCACUGCAUUUAAUCUCCUUGUGGAUUUACUUGUUAAAUGUGAAAAUCAGCUUCCAGCCAAAAUUUGUGUUUGUCAGGUUUUAUUCAGGAGCAAAUAUGUUUAUCCCUAAAAUUUUGGCUGACUUGCUUCUUCAGUACAGAAAGAAGGAAAAAAUAUUCUCCAUGCUCUUUUGUCCAUUUAGAACUAAUUAAGCAUUUUGUUUAAUUUUGUUUUAUGUUCUUAGUCUCUAAAUUGCAGGGUAAUCUUGAGGUAAAGAUUUUAAACUCAAAGAGGGCAGAUUUAGAUUAGAUAUUAGAAAUAAAUUAUUACUGUGAGGGUGGUGAGGCAGUGGAAGAGGCUGCCCAGAGAAGCUGUGGAUGCCCCAUCCCUGAAAGCGUUCAAGGCCAGGUUGGAUGGAGCUCUGAGGAACCUGGUCUAGGGAAAGAUGUCCCUGGCCAUGGCAGAGGGUUUGGAACUAGGUGGUCUUUAAUGUCCUUUCCAACCCAAGCCAUUCUGUGAUUCUAUAAAAAUGACCCAUAAAUGUGCUCUUACAUCUUUAGAAGCUGUUGGAAUGAGAAUCUUUUUUUCAAUUAAAGAGAUAGAGGCAGCUGGAAAUCUUGGUUAAAAAAGAAAGUUACUGACUGUUCCAGAGGGUACAUUAGGUUAGUCUUGACAAUAUUUGUGGUUCUGUAAUCUUGUUUUCCUUAUCUUUUAUGUCUUCUCUACUCCUUGCUGCUAUGGGAAAGGCCUGACACAGCAAUGUUGAAAUUGAUCCCUACACACGAGAGUUUGCACAAGGUACUGCAUCAGCUCCACUUAAGCUCUGUAAAAAUGCUGAAAUCAGGUUUAAGUGGUGCUUACGUCAAAUUUUGACCCAGGAAUGAAAUUCAUUUCAAACGACUGCAGGGGAAGGAGCGAGGCUGGUUACAUACAGUCAGGGCUCCUUUUAGAAAGUCCACGCACUGGUACAAUUUCUUCUGCAGCACUGGAGCCUGGGUGCUACACGUCACAGGAACAUCACGAACACGAUGUCCAAGUUGUCGAGUGAUCCUUUCACAUAUGCACACUGCAGCUCAGCACACAGGCAGAGAACUCCUGGCCAAACUGCUUGGGUUUCAGAGGAGCUGUCACAAAGUCUUCAUUUUAUUUCAUGAACUGAAUUAAGUUGAUCUCAAUGGAUAGAUUGACCAAUUCGCUGUUGCUGUAGCAGAACCACCCAUGGCACAGCAGAACAAGCAAAAUCUGGAAAAGCGAGGCAGGAGGGGAAACUCACAGCUGGUACUGAGCUGGGUCCUUUGCCCAGCAAAUCAUUAAAGGGAGCUGUGCUCAAAAAGGCACCACAGAUUUGGUAAUUCAGACCCUGCAUGUAUUUCUGAGAGUUAACGAGGAACUUUGUAGAGGUCUCGUGCUGUGCACACACUUUUCCUAAAUAUCCCAUAUUAGAUCUGGUCCUUUGGGGUCCAGAGGUGGCCACUAGCAGAGGCAGGGUGCCAAGCUGGGUGGGUGGUUUUGGCAUACCACCAAUUAUUGAUAUGCCUUUUAGAAGAGGCGUCCUAGCAAAUUUGGGUCGGGAGGCUUUCUACUUUUGUUUUCCCAGUUCUACCUGCAGGUUCACUCAGGGAAGAUGUUGUUCCAUCCCUGUCCUCAGGUGUUCUGCAGCUCUGAGCACUGUUAAGUGAUGAUGAGGGCAAAGCUGGGUUACGCAUCACUGAAGUAAAUGUUUUAUUCCAUCCUUCUUCAAAAAAAAAAUGAUUAAUUUUGGACUUGCAUCAAAAUCACAUUAUUUUCAACGGGUCUUCUAUGAGCAUAAUUAAGCCCCUGUGUCAAAAAGAAAUGUUUUCCUGAAGCUUGACCUGAUUGACAAUAUUCUUUGCAUAUAUAACCUGUGACCUGCCUUGGGAAUUUGAGGUGCUUCAUAAGACCUCCUGAUGUGUGUUUGUAACAUGUAUGAAAGCCUUAAUUCUGUAUAUCUGUGUGCCCAUGCACACCUUGGUACUGCUGCCCACUAAGCCUGGCCAUUAGGUAGGUGGGGUUCAGCUGCUGGGGAUGCAGUACUGGCUGUUCAGAAGGGAAAGCAGCCUUUAGCAUGCAGCCAGGAAAGAACAAAAUCCUCUAGAGCCCUCUGACAAGCAGGUGUUCACGGAUGUAAUUCUGCAGGCUGGCGCCGUGACUGAGUGGGGUGCACCUCCUGCACAGGGGCAGUGGCCAAGGGAUUGUGUGGCUCCCAGGAAAAGGCACUCUUGUCAUUAAAUUGGUCCUGUACUUCUCCCAGCAAUUCCUGUCUUGUCAUCUGAAGCACUUUUCCAUGAGCAAGUGGUAGGUGGGAGAAACAUUUGCCUUAGUGAGGCUCAUCAUCGCUCAGGAUAAAAUCUGGUGACACAGAAACUGUACUCAGAGUAUCCUUGGAUUUCUUUGGGUUUCACUAAGCUGCCUUCCCAAAGGUCUGUCCAAUAAGUAGGAUGCAUAGGCAUAGGCAGAAUUUUGCACUCACAAACGACCUGAUGUGUGCAUGCAGAUGUGGAAGGCACCAGGUCUACAUCCCCUCCCCACAGCUCACCUGUUCCGGUGAGGAUAAGAUCUGGCACUUACUGAGGGUUUGGGUUUUUUUAUUUUCUGACUGCUAUAGAGCCCCAAAACUAGGAUCAGGACUAUCAUAGCACUGCAGUUCAUUCUUUAAGCACUCUAUAGAAUUAAAUUGACAUGUAUGCAUAUAAAAGUGCACUGAUGUGAGUAUGGAAACUGUACUGUCAUGAAAGCAGAAGCUGUUGUCCUUUUUAGGCCUUUUAUUUGAGGGAUAUUGUGGCACAAAGAAAAAGGCAUUAUAGAGGCAAUUUGGAAAAAGAAAUUAUUGAAACCACAUAUGAUAAGUGGUCCCUUCCCCUGGAUGAAGUCCCAAGGAAGUCAUUGCAAGAAGGGCAUUGGGGUUGGGGUGCGUCCAUUUCGCAGGACUAAAAUGGCAGAGAAAUCCAGCCUGUUCCUUCCCAGCCCAUCUCACAAGUGUUUGUCCAAGGGGUGAGCCUUUGUUGCAGGGAAAGGAGAUCAUGGGAUCAAACUUGCGCAGUGCUGUUUCCUCUCCUGUGUUUUGUGCUGCCAGUAUCUCUUGGAGAAGGGAAGGGAGCUUGCCCAAGUUCAGCUCCAGGGCUUGGUGAAAAGCAGGCUGUGGGCUUUCAGCAGGCUGGGAACAGCCAAGCUUCUUCAUGGCUAGUGCUGACCCUGGGACUGGAACUUCGUGGAUGAGCACUGUGGACUCAUUUGAUCUGUGGAGUCCAUGUGGAUUCAUUUGUUUUGUAGCUGCAAAAACGUGUGAGUGUGUUUGGGGCAGGCAGCACGGCAGUGAUUCGGCUUGGUUAGCAGGAGACACACUGUGGAGUAGUUCAGGGCUGAGGGAAAAUCAGGCUGGAGGUGUUUCUUUCACAGGCUUCUUAAAUAGGGGAAAUUGAUCCAAAAUAAGCACUACUUUCAUUUUACCAAGCUGUUGUUACCUGAACUGAUUGAUAGUUUCAGAGAAUGAGGGAUGUCAGGUGGACUGUUCAGGGAGGAUUUGUUUGUGAAGCAGAUGGCAGCUGCGGGUUGGGACAAAGAGUGAGGAUGAGGGCUGCCCCCCCUCUGCCGUGCCACUUAUCCCAUUGGGCUGGACACCCUCUUGGCCCCUUUAUCUGCCCAUUUCUUCUUCAAGGAAACACCCUCCUAAGCAGGAGCUGUAUUUCAAAGGGAGAAAUAAAGAAAUGAAAGAUGUGGAUUUUGAAUGAAAAGCCAACGGAUGAUUUUUCCAUCUGAAAUUAAUCUUGUCUCUCUCGAACUUUUUAAUUGUGAAUUGGUGGAAGUUACUUCUUUCUGUAGUGAAUGGAAAAAGAAAAAAAGAAGAGAGAAAAAAAAAAAAGGAGUAAUAGUCUUUUCCCUUUCUCGUGUAUUUCUUGAUUCUUGGUCCUGAGUAGCAUUAAACACAAUAGCCAGAUCGAGAUGCUUGUUUGCUCUGAAUGUAUACAGUUAUUUCAGAUGUCAAAUAUCUAAAUGUUUUAUAUGUGUAUGUAAUGCCAUCCUCAAUACUUGUUUCAUGUUAGGAACCUGAAAUGACUGUACCAUUUUAUAAUUAGAUAUGUAAAGAGGGGACAGUGGGUGGGAGGGUCUGUUAUUUUUAUACCAAGAUGUUCCUUGUAUUUAGUGAACAUUUAAAAUGGUUUUGUACUUGUCAAAAUAUACAUUCCAUCCAUUUCCAGAAGAGAAUUAUUUCUAUUUAGAGUAGUUUAUAAGCAAACCAAAAUAAAAAAAGGUGACAUCCCACUUAUAUGCAGUUCCUGAACAAAGCAUCACUAUCCUGGUUUUCAGUGAUGGCUACAAAGAUUUUUCCAGCCAUGUCUCUUCUCACAUGCAGCAGAGCCGUACCAGCAAAUGCCAGUGUUAUAAAGGGAAUUCAAAUCCCAAAUGAAAUAAAUACCACAUGGAUCAGUGCACAGCUUAACAAAAUAACUUCAUUAAGUUCAGAGACAAUGGUCUGUCCCAGUGAAAUUCUCCAAAGUAAUCAGUCCUGCUCUGGACAGCAGGAGCAGGUUUACCAGGAGGCUUCAGCUCUCUGUCCCUUGCCUGGCAGAGCCACCAGCCUCAGCAAGCUGGGGGGAUGCAGGGUUGUUAUACUCCUGCACUGUGGCUCUGGGCUAUGCUGCAGCUUUGGUUUGGGAAACACCUGCCAAAAAAAGGUCAUGGCAAAGUCAUACUGUGGCAUUUUUGGGCAUGGAUGGCAUGGGCCAUCCUUUUUCUUGUAGUUGGCUUUUUCAUUCCCUCCCUUUCCCCGCUACCUGUGACGUGCUGCCAAAGCUGUGCAGUAGCAGUUUGUGAAGGGUUUUUGUUUUUGUUUUUUUGCCUUUUUUCCCCUUCUGUACAGUCUUGCAAAUCAACUUUUAACUCUUUGCUGACAUUUUAUAACAUAUACAUCUUCCUCUCCAAUGCACUUUAUCUCUCUUGAAAAACGUGGGAGUCGGAGGACUACCAUCUUAAAGGGAUUUGCCUGAAAUCAUGAGACACAUACUUUUUAUUAUUUUGUGUCCUUUUUGCUUUGUUAGAUAACUGUAAAUGCUAAAGAGCAUAGACAGUGACUCAGCUGGGGGAAAUACUGAAAUGUUGAGGCUAAUACUUGGAAGCAUUAAUCAGUAGUCCAACAUGGCUAUUUUUGUUAUAUAAAGGAUUAUAAUGUAAAUAUGUGAGACUGUGUUAUUACGUACUAGUAAAAUAUUGCAACUCUCAAAGUUGAGAUGGUGAAUUCCAAGGAAUUUUAUUGCAAGUUUUUUUUUAAUAAAACGGAUCUGAUUA